ACAGCGCUGAGCGGGAGGAAGGCGGCUGGCGCCAUCUUGGCUGCUUUAAUGAGUACAACAGGGGAGCAUUUGCUGGGAGAAAUUACUUAAUCGUUGUGAUUUCACUCUGAGAGGGACACUUUGGGUAAACCGUACCACAGUUGGGAGUGUUUGAACCAGGAGAACCGGGGCAAUGUUCUACGCCCACUUUGUCCUCAGCAAGCGUGGGCCGCUGGCCAAGAUUUGGCUGGCGGCCCACUGGGACAAAAAGCUGACCAAGGCCCACGUGUUUGAGUGCAACCUGGAGAGCAGUGUGGAGAGCAUCAUCUCACCAAAGGUCAAGAUGGCGUUGCGAACAUCUGGUCAUUUGCUCCUUGGGGUGGUGAGAAUCUACCACAGGAAGGCCAAGUACCUGCUUGCUGACUGCAAUGAAGCCUUCAUCAAAAUCAAAAUGGCCUUCAGACCAGGAGUGGUGGAUCUACCUGAGGAGAACAGAGAGGCAGCGUACAAUGCCAUCACUUUACCUGAGGAGUUCCAUGAUUUUGACCAGCCACUCCCUGAUCUGGAUGACAUUGACGUGGCUCAGCAGUUCACUUUGAACCAGAGCAGAGUGGAAGAGAUCACCAUGAGGGAAGAUGUUGGAAACCUUAACCUCCUGCAGGACAAUGAUUUUGCUGAUUUUGGGAUGGAUGACAGAGAAAUGAUGCGUGACGCCAGCACAUUUGAAGAUGAUAUCAUUCAUGGUGCCACCGCCCCUAACCUCUUGCUGGAGGCUGAGCCCGGUCCAGCUAAUCUCCCUGACAAAUCCAACCACAUGGAGUACGAUGACUUCGGUGAUGGCUCCAUGGGCAACAGUGAUGGAGGGAUGCUGGUGGACAAACUGCUGAGCUCUGAGGACGGAGGCGGCAUCUUUGACGACCCCCCAGCUAUCACAGAAAGCGUCAUGAUGCCUCCAGAUCAUGGAGAUGAUGAGGACGACUUUGACAACCUGCAGUCGCCUGGUCCAGACAGUCCAGACUCGGGCCCAGCUGAACCCCUGCCAGCCAUGGCUGACCAGACAGAACAGACCACUCUCGUUCACAACGAAGAGGAGGCGUUUGCCCUGGAGCCCAUCGACAUCACCGUGAAAGAGACCAAGGCAAAGCGUAAGAGGAAGCUAAUUGUGGACAGCGUGAAGGAGCUGGACAGUAAAACCAUCAGAGCCCAGCUGUCUGACUACUCUGACAUUGUGACCACUCUGGACCUCGCUCCUCCCACCAAGAAGCUCAUGAUGUGGAAAGAGACUGGAGGAGUGGAGAAGCUCUUCUCCCUGCCUGCUCAGCCCCUCUGGAAUGCCAGGCUGCUGAAGAUGUUCACACGCUGUCUGACGCCUCUGGUGCCAGACGAGCUGAGGAAGAGGAGGAAGGGUGGAGAAGCAGACAGUCUGGAUGAGUUCCUCAAAGAACUGGAGAACCCAGAGGUGCCACGAGAGGAGGUCCUGCCUCAGCACAGGGAUGUUAUUGACCAGACUAUCAUGGAGGAGCCCAGCAUACUGGCAGCCUCAGUGAUGGAGGGCAGCAGGACAACACUGGAUGAAACCGUCAUGCCUCCUCCAUCCACCCCCCGUGGUGUUAAACGCAAGACUCUGGACAAAGAGACCACCAUUCCUAUGGCUCCUUUGGAGCAGCAGCAGCAAAUGGCAGAGCACUCAGACCUGACGCAGAGGUUAGACCUGUCUCAUGUUGAUAAUCCUCCAGAGGCAAGCAAUCUGGACCUCACUCAGCUCGUCCCAGAGCUUGAUCUUCUCAACGAGAAGGGAACAAAGAAGGACGAGCUCGAUGAAGAAGAGGAGGAGGAAGGUCAGGCCGGAGACCAGGAUCAGGAGGAGAAGAGGUGGAACAAGAGAACCCAGCAGAUGCUGCAUGGUCUACAGCGUGUCAUGGCGAAGACCGGCGCAGACUCCGUCAGCCUGCUUGACUUGUGCAGGAACGACAACAAGAAGCAGGCAGCCGCCAAGUUUUACAGUUUUCUCGUCCUCAAGAAGCAGCAAGCCAUCGAAGUCACCCAGACUCAGCCCUACAGCGACAUCGUUGCCUCAGCCGGACCAAAAUUCCACCUCAUUUAGACAUUGGAAGAACAACACACUGCUUGCAAUAGGCUUACAAAAACAAUAACUAACAACUCUUUGCCUUUUUUUAUUUUGUUUACUGUCAAAACAGUUUUUUUUUCCCCUUUUGGGGUGGGGUGGGUAGUGAGGAAAGGGUUGGGAACUUUUAAAAGAACAAUUUUACUGUACUACAGAUGGAAUCAUGCAGUAUUCUUGCUUCAAACGGAGUUAGGAAUGUUUUACAAAUAUAUUUAUAAAGGAGCCCUUUUCAGACACCAAUUUGUAAGCUUCGCUUGAUAUUUUAUAAGUUAAAUUUCUGUUGUCUGCUCUUAUUAAACUUUUUGUAUCAGCCCCUCUCAACUAAAAUAUUUUAGAUAAAAGCCCAGCGUAUCAGGUGUGUUCUUGUACUGACUCUGUUCUGGAAUGGUACUGUUAUUGUUCAGAAGUGUAACCUCUCCCAUCUUCUCCCUGUUGCACUUUUUUUUUUUUUUCAACAAAAAAAGGGUAAACUUUCACUGAAUAGGUGAACUGUAUCUGGCAUUAAAUAUGUUUCAGUUGUACAAUUCAAGCAGUUUAUCGAUUUUAUGUAAAUUUUUUCAUUUUUUGUACCCUUUUUAUUUGGUUUGUUUAUGCUUGUUUGCCUUUUUGCGUUAUGUAACUAGGUAAUGUUCUUUUGUUACAGUUAAGUUCACUAUCCCACCUUAGACUCUGGGUAACUUCUAGUUGUGAUACAUCUGUAAAGAUUUGAAAUAAAGUGUUUUAAAAACUUGG